AUGGAAGACCCGAUUAUAUGCUUUGGGGCAUUUUUCUUCGGUCUAGCCAUGGGUUUAGUGAGUUCCAAGCCUAAUAUAGCUCCAAGUCCUCAGGUGAACGCACAAGUUCCAGCGAAAAAAAGAAAACGCCAUAGAAAACGUCAUAGUGUGUUAAUAUCUCCGCCUCCUCUUGUUUUAGAUGGUCCUUCUUCUUAUGAUAUUCAAAAAGAAGAAAUGGAAGCCUUAGCUGCAAUAUACGAAGAAGAUCUAAUAAUCCUGAAGCCGCUCACAGAAAAAAGUGAAGCUUCGUAUAAAAUAUUUUUACGUCCAAAUUUAAGAUCUUCCCAAGACACAUUUUGUUCUGUAUAUCUAUUGGUAAAAUAUUCAAAUAAGUAUCCUCAAAUUGCUCCAGAAAUUGACCUGAUAAACUCAGUGAAUAUUCCAAUAGAAGUUAUCAGAAGAACUAAAGAGCAGUCCAUUUCUUUAGCAAAUGAAAAAGCGAAGGUAAAUGAGCCAAUGAUAUACAGUAUCUGUGAGCUGAUCCAGUCUGAACUUUUAAACCAAAACUCUUUGCCCACAACUGUGCAGCCUUUUAUUGAAGAGUCUAAAGUGAACUCAAACCUCAUGGAUGAAAUAUAUGAAGAGUUUAAAAAAAAGCGAAAAAGGAAAGAAUAUGAAGAGCCAAUGCAGCUGAACACUGUGAUUGAUAUAAAAGAAAUUGACAGACAGCUCGAUAUUGACCUUGAGCCUGGUGACUGCCACGCAAUCAGCGGGUUUGACUACAAAAGAUACUUUGAUGAAGAAGUAAGGAUCGGACAAGGUGGUGGCGGAAGUGUUUAUAAAGCCAGAAACAAAAUUGAUAAGUGUUUUUAUGCUAUUAAAAAGAUCAGAUUAAAAGGGAAAAAGAAAUCCUACAUUAAUUACAUCUUAAAAGAAGUUUUAUUGCUAUCCAGACUUCAACAUCAGCACAUUGUGAGGUACCAUAACGCCUGGUUUGAAGAAGAAACUGAAAGUGACAAAGAAGACGAAAGCAGCGAAAGCGAAGAGUCCAAUGAAUCAGAAAGCGAAUCAUCAGAAGAGUCCAGUGAGUCCAGCUCAAGUGAAGACAAAAACUGGAUCCUUGCUUUUGAAAGGUCAAGUGGGCAUGUAGAACCUGUCGUCUGACAAGAUGAAGGAGACAUGACUUCUAAUGCUAGCAAACUUUAUAUACAGAUGGAAUACUGCGCAGGAGACACGCUCAGAAGUGUCCUGGACGAACGUCUGCCAAGUGCUGUAGAAAAUUGAAAAAUGUUUAGGGAAAUCUUACAAGGAUUAGUUUACUUGCACUCAAAAGAUAUGAUUCACAGAGACUUGAAACCUUCCAAUAUCUUCUUAGACGGUAAUGGAGAAGUAAAACUUGGCGAUUUCGGAUUAGCUACGACUACAAAUUUAAAGCAGGAAAAAAAAGAUCAAAAUAAAAAUAAAUCAGGGACGGAAAAUUUCAGUGCAGGGGUGGGGACACCUUUGUACUGCUCUCCGGAACAGCUAAAUUCAGGUAAGUAUGACCAAAAAUCUGAUAUGUAUUCAUUAGGUGUUAUUUUUUAUGAAAUGUGGAGAAAUUUUGGAUCAAUGAUGCAGAGGAUUGAUGAACUUAAUCAGCUGAAAAAUGGACGGAAAUUGCCAGAAGACUUCGAGAAAACGGUUUCCUCUGAAAUUGUAAGAAUCAUUAUGUGGCUGACUGAUCCAAACCCAGAAAAAAGGCCGACUGCUCAAGAGCUGCUACAAAGCGGCUUAUUGCCACAUAACAUUGAUAAGCAAGCUUUUGACGAUUUUGUGAGGGUUUCACUGAAUCCGAUUAAUACUGAAUAUCGAAUGCUGAUGGGAUCAAUAUUUUCUACCUCUUUGAGCUAGAAUCAUACUUUUUAAUUAAGAUAAUAUAUUAUAUAUAUUUUUAUAAUGAAAUCUCCGAAUAUUAAAAAAUAUAUCAAAUUUAAUAUUAAAAAGAGCAAAGCAAUUUUUAAAGAAGGAUUAAGCCAAACCCAAAUACGUCAGAAUAUACCUAUAACAUGACAGAAUGGAUUACUGAAGCUCCAACAACAAAGAGGAGGAAGAAAAAGGUAGAAGCAAUGCUGAGGAGCAAUAUCACAGGAAAAAUUAGAAAGGUAUUAAAAAAAGCAGGAGCAGUCGAGCUUGAUGCACCAUUAAUUUAUCCUUUUUCAGGAAAAAUUUCGGUCUCUUCGCAAGACCGCAAAGGUGUAACAAACCAGAAAUUGAUCGAUUGCCACGAAAGCAUACCCAGGUUUAUGGACCAGUCUGGACUGAUUGUUCAACUUAGUAACAACACUGUUUGCCCUUGGACCAGGAUUAUUUCAAGGAAAAAUCUUGGAGGUAUCCUUAAGCGAUACUCAAUUACAAAUGUUUACAGAAAUCAUGGAGAAGGUGAACAGCCAGAACAGAUUGCAGAAGCAAGUGUUGAUAUUCUCUAUGACCCAGACUCUUUGGGAAUGUAUAAAUAUUGGUUUGAGGCUGAAAUUAUAAAGCUGACUCUACUGUGUAUUGAGCAAUUUAAUAAAGAAUUGCCACUAAUUAAGGUUGCAGUCAGCGAUUCUCGCAUCUUGGAUUCAAUUUUUGAUUUUUGUGAAAUCCCUGCCGAAAAAGAGACGAUGGAGUUGAGGCACAAAGUCCUAACUCCCCCUUCCGUGAGUGAACAAAAAAAAUCUUGUUCAAUCACGGAGGGUUAAUUGUUUUUUUAAAAAAAAAUAUAUAUAAAUUUUACAGAAAAUUGUUUUUUUUAGAAAUUUAAAAAAAAAUCCUAUUCGCAAAAAUUGGAAAGCAAAUAUUAAUUUAUUUAUAAAAUUUAUGUUUUAAAAACAAUUUUUUUAAAAUAAACAGAAUUAGUUCGAGAUUUCAUUAUACUAAUUAUCACUUAUAUAUCAAAAAUUUUUUUCCAUAAAAAUUUUUUCUAUUUUAAAAGAUUUUUGUUCAAUCACGGAGGGUGGGUUUUUGGGCAAAAAUUAGCGAUUUUUCUAAUGGUUUUGUUCAUUCACGGAGGGGGAGUAAGUACUUAUGCAAGUAUAAAAAGAAGAAAAUGGGCAAAAGUGAAAGAAGAUUUAAUCAAUUUAGGCAUCCAUUCUGGAACUGCUGAAAAGCUCGGGGCAUUGUUUAAAAUGAGAGGCAGCAGAGAAAGUAUUAUUGAAGGGUUAAAAAAGCAGCCGAUUUGGAGAGAUAGAGCACUGGUAAAGAUUUUGGACGAUGAGCUCAAAAAUCUAGAAGAGAAAGCCAAAGAGUUCGGGUUCGAUUUUGAAGUAGACCUAGGACUAGUUCCUGAUGAAAUCCUUCAUUAUUCAGGUCUCCUUUAUAAUAUCAGUUCACAACAAAAUAUCGCCAAAGGGAAUAAAAUUUCAAAAGAACGAGUAAUUAUUGCAUCUGGUGGGCGGUAUGACAAUCUUCUUUCUCAUUACGCAUAUCCUGAAGAGCUCAACAAAAUAAAGCCAGGUCAUAUAUGUGGGCUUGGUUCAAGGAUUUUUAUUGAAAAAAUCUUUUUAAUUCUAUUUCAAGGAGACUUUGAUCAUUUAGUCAAAGGUCCAUUGAUUUUUGUAUCUUGUAAUUCACAACUACAAAAAUCAUCAAAACUGCAAGACGACAAUACCCUUCUCAACCGUGAAAAAAUCACCUUAAUCUUAGAGCUCUGGAAAAAAGGCCUUGCUGCCAUCUACAACUACAACGACAUGUCAGACGAAGAAAUCAUCGACUCCUGCCGACGGUAUCGCAUCAGAUUUUGGGUGUCCCUAGAAAUCGCUCCACAAGAAGAAUCCAAAGACCUGAUCAGAGCCAAAGUAAAAGACUUCGGCAGGGCCAUCACAGACGAGUUCCGAAAGGACCGAAGCGAUUUUGGCAAAGAGACGUCAAGAAUCACCACAGACAGAAAUGGGGUGCUAGGCUUCAUACAGGAUCGCAUGAAGAAGCACUCAGGAGACCUGGCGAUGACUUAUCCACAAAGUGCUAUGAAAGUGAUUAAUUAA